AUUAACUGAAAUUCUGACGCAGUCAAGAGUUUGGAAAGUCUUGGCUAUGACUAGGAAAAUACAAUACACAGCAACUUAUUCCCAUGUUGAUCUUUGAGAUUUCACUAGAGUGAAAACUUAAAUAUGAACUCAAUUUGUCCAUUUUACUAGUUCUGUUGUACUCCUAUAUGUCUACAAAAAUGAAGCCUACCUCAAGAAAUUAUUAUCCUCUUGUUUUCUUUGGGUCAUUAUUCUGUCUCUUUAUGGCCAGAUUUGGUGCUGAAAGUGACAUCUAUUGCUUGCAAACCAUCAAGAACAUGGACACUUCUGAUCUCUUAUCUAGCUGGGAUUUCGAGAGCAACACUGAGCGUGGCAUAUGCAGAUUUAGCGGUGUUGAAUGCGGCAACAACUAUGUGGAAGAUAGAGUAAUCAGUCUAUGGCUAUCUAACAUGGGGCUGAAAGGCCAGUUUCCUCGUUGCAUCGAAGAUUUCACAUGGUUGCAGACUCUGAUCCUCUCACACAACGAGCUUUCUGGAUAUAUCCCAAACGAUAUAUCAGCCAAGCUGCCAUAUCUGACCACACUUGAUCUCUCAAAUAACUAUUUCUCUGGUGAAAUUCCAAAGGGUAUUGCCAAUUUGUCAGGCUUAAUUACCCUUCUACUUGAUGGCAACCAGUUAACAGGCCAAAUCCCACAAGAUCUUGGGUUGCUUCCCAGGUUGAGAGAUUUCAGUGUUGCAAAUAACUUGUUGGAAGGGUCAGUGCCUGUUUUUGUGAGCAAUCUUGAUGUGAGUUUGAGCUAUGCAAAUAACAGUGGACUCUGUGGGGGAAUACUAGGAAACUGUGAUGAGAGCUUGUUUGGUAGAUCGUUCUGGUAUAGUUUUAUUAUUGGUUUUGCUUGCUCAGCUACUUCUGUUCUAGCAUCUUUCAUGUACUAUUAUGCACCUUGGACAGAAUUCAAAAAGAGGAGGAGUAACGCUAUUCAUCCCCUAGUCAAGAAGCAGAAUACUGAACAAGAACUGGUCUUUCAUGAGCAAGGAAGCAAAGAGCUAUCAAUAUUGUUGGAGAGAUUUAUUACUAGAAUGAGCUUCGAGGGAUUAUGCAAGGCAACAGAUUACUUUUGCAUUGAUAACGUGUUGGGGAUAGGAAAGACAGGGAUUAUGUACAAGGCAAAGGUAUCAAAUAGCUGUUUUCUGGCAGUUAAGAGACUGUAUGAUGCUGAUAAGUACAAGUGGAAAUUCUUACUUGAAAUAAUGAUUCCGGGAAGACAUAGGCACAGAAACAUAGUUCUACUGCAUGGAUUCUGCAUACAGAAACAUGAAAGGAUUUUGGUGUAUAAGUACAUUUCUAAUGGUCGACUCAGUGAUUGGUUAGAAUCUGACGAGGGACAUCAACCAACAAAAUUAGAAUGGCCCGAGAGGAUUCACAUUGCACUUGGGAUUGCAAGAGGUUUAUCUUGGCUCCACAAAAGGUGCAACAUAGUUCACCUCAAUUUAGAUUCAGAGUGUGUCUUGCUGGACAAGAACUUCGAGCCAAAAAUUUCGAAUUUUGGCAAGGCGAAAUUCCUAAACCAGACUGUUGAAGAUCAUGUGAGGAUGAAAUUGUUUUUGGUUGAUGGACUUGGAGUGAAGGGUAAUGCUGAGAAGGAUGUCUAUGAUUUUGGAAUAAUCCUUUUUGAGCUUUUAACGGGGAAAAGACUAAGUCCAUCGACUGAUUCUUCUGACAGUAUUAAUGGCCAUAUGAUGAAGUAUAUCAGUAAGAACUUGUUCACUGAUCCUGCUGACUUUUAUGAUGCCAUUGACGAUUCUAUAAUGGGGAAGGGUUUUGAUGAUAAAAUCCUACGUCUUCUUGAAGUUGCAUGUGACUGUGUUAAGACAUCUCUAAAGCAAAGGCCAAAGAUGAUUGAUAUUCACCACACUCUAAGAGCUAUGUGGGAGGGCUAUAAACCCUGCUUUCAUUAUGAAAGUCUGAAACUGUCUAUGGAUUGUGCUGACUAUAUAAAGUGUAUCAGCCAAAUUGAAUGUAUUGAAUAGACUCACAGGAACAAAAUACGUAAUGCACGUGUUUUAAGUUUUUUCAAUAA